AAUUUAUCUUAGGGCUUUGCCAUCACCAGAGGUACAUAUCUUACUAAGGCAAAUUCCAUCCCAUCUGAGUUCAAAUCAGAUUUGUACUUUUCACAAUGGAACAUUUUCUCGCUUUGCUGAGUCUUUUGGGAGCUUUUCUACAUGACUCGAUUCAAUGCACUGCCCCGGCCUCAGAGUUUCAGCUUGAAGGAGAGUAUUUGAUUGGUGGACUUUUUGAUAUUCAUCAAAGUGUUCCUGUUUAUCACGACAGACCAGAAGCAAUCGACUGCUCAAGUCAACCCUUCCUUCUCCCAAAUUAUCGAAUGUUUCAGUUGAUGAGAUUCGCUGUACAAGAAAUCAAUAACUCCACCAGCCUCCUGCCGAACGUAUCUCUCGGCUAUGAGAUAUUUGAUCAUUGCUCAUCGACACAGAACUUUCCAGAUAUUUUCAAACUAAUCUCAAUCAAUGGUUUAAUCCAACCUUGGGUUGAACCACACUGGCAACAAGCACAUAAGAUAAAUGUGUCCAAAGUGAUCGCAGUGGUUGGUCCUUUUACAAGCACUCAGGUCCUGACUGUGGCCCCACUUUUGAUGGUGGAUCUCAUUCCUGUGGUCAGCUAUGGAUCUUCGAGUUCUGUCUUGUCAAAAAAAACACUUUUUCCAUCUCUACUACGAACAGUCCAUCCCAAUAACGCCGUCAUAAAUGCUAUUGUUGCAAUUAUUCAGCAUUUCAACUGGCGCUGGGUUGCUUUUCUUAACAGUGAUAACGAGUAUGGCAUUGAUGGAGUGGAGUUGUUCAUAAAGAAGAUCAAGGACACUGAGAUUUGCCUGGCAUACACCAAAAGCCUCAAUGACAAUACAAAUUACGCCCUUAUGUUCAAACAGAUAGAAUCACAGAAAAUAGGUAUCAUUGUUGUUUUUGCUCCAAAAAUGACUGUUGAAGAUCUCAUUGAGUCCGCUAUAAAACUAAAUGUCACAAGCAAGGUGUGGAUUGCAGAUGAGGGAUGGUCCUUAAACAAGAAGCUCCCCAAGAAGAAAGGAAUCGAAAAUAUUGGAACUGUACUUGGAGUGUCUCAGCCAGUGAUGACAAUACCUGGUUUUAGCGACUUUAUAUAUUCUUCCAAAAGCCAGACCCACUGUGAAAACGCAGAGGAAGAUAUAUUGUGUAACCAAGUUUGUAAUUGCAGCAGUGUGAGUGCAGAAGAUGUCAUCACUGCAGACCCAUCUUUCUCUUUUUCUGUUUAUGCUGCUGUAUAUGCCACCGCCCAUGCCUUACACAACACCUUACAAUGUGCCACUGGGAGAUGUGAUGACAAUACCACAGUGUUCCCACACAUGGUUUUAGCAGCGCUGAAGGAGUCAAACUUUACACUUUUAAAUCAACGUAUACGAUUUGAUGAGAACGGAGACCCCACAUUUGGAUUUUAUUCAAUAGUUUUCUGGAACCAAAGUGGUGACGCAGAGGAGAUCGGCUUUUAUAUAUUUCACCCAUCAGACCAAUUGUUCAUCAACAACACCAAAAUUCUGUGGAAUCCAAAUGGAGAAGAGCCGACUUCCCUGUGUUCCCAAGAAUGUGCUGUUGGAUUUGCAAAAAAGACAAAUGGAAUGCACGAAUGCUGCUUCAAUUGUAAUAUCUGUCCUGAUGGAACUUACAUUAACAUUACAGAGGAUCCCUACGAGUGCAUCAACUGUAAGGAAACAGAAUGGUCUGCAGCAGGAAGCACAUCAUGUAAUCUGCGGGAGUUGGAGUUCGUCCCAUUCACAGACAUUGGUGCCAUACUGAUCAUGGUGGGAGCCUGGGCCUUGGUGGUCCUCACAGUAGCCAUGUCCGUUCUCUUUGCCAUCAACUACAACACACCUGUCGUCAGAUCUGCAGGGGGGCCGAUGUGCUUCCUCAUUUUUGGCUGCCUGUGUCUGUCUAAUGUCAGUGUGUUCUUUUACUUUGGUAAGCCCACCGGUUCUUCUUGUGUCAUGAGACUCUUACCAUUUCUCUUGUUUUACACCGUUUGUCUAUCAUGUUUUGUGGUGCGAUCUUUCCAAAUUGUUAGCAUUUUCAAAAUGGCUGCCAAGUUCCCAAAGCUCCACAGUGUGUGGAUAAAGUAUCAUGGACAGUGGCUGUUCAUCACGCUGGCAUUUGUUACUCAGGCACUCUUACUUCUUUUUGGCAAUAUGUUUGCACCUUGCAAGCCCCACAAUGAAACCUCCUGGUACCCAGACAAAACCGUCCUUGUUUGUGAGAUGAAUAUCAAAGCAUCCAUCGGUCCUGUGGUUUUACUUGUGUCUCUGUGCUUCCUUUGCUUUGUUUUCUCAUACAUGGGCAAAGACCUUCCUAAAAAUUACAAUGAAGCCAAAGCAAUAACCUUUUGUCUGCUCCUGCUGAUCCUCACAUGGAUCAUCUUUGCCACUGGAUUCUUACUUUACAAGAGCAAGGACAUCCAGACACUUAACGCCCUGGCAAUACUCUCAAGUCUCUACUCCUUUCUGUUGUGGUAUUUCAUGCCAAAAUGCUACAUCAUAAUUUUCCAAUCCCACAUAAACACUCAGGAGUACUUCCAAGGUCUCAUUCAGAAUUAUACCAAAACAAUCAGCAAGUAGCACUUCCAGUCAAUUUUAGUCUGUAGACAGAAAAAGUUAUGUAGUCUUCUGAAAACAUUCAAGGUAGAGCUUAGGCUUUUAACUAGUAUUUGUAUUCUAUACUAUAGUAUGUAUUCUGUGCUAUAUCUACACCUCACCACCGCCCCGUCCUAAUUCAGAAUAUAUUGAGAAAAAAAAUCAAAAGAACAAAUAAAGGAGCACCCUGUAGACAAGUGUUUACAGUACAUUUUGUUUCCACGUUAAAUAGGAACCGACAGGCCACACACAAAAAGAAAGAAAAGAAAAUAACAACAAUGGUUUUCCUUCAAAUUGAUCAGCAUUCAAGCCCAUCUUUGCAACUUUUGCGAGCUCUCAUUUCUCAGAAUGUCUGCAUGUAGUACAUCAAUAUACAUUUUGAUGUCGGUAAAUCAUUGCUUAAACAUAUUUUAAAGUUAUAAAUCCUACAAGGAAUUAUUUUAAGCCCAUGUAAUAAUUAAAAUAUUGGUAUAUA